GGUGACGUAGCUCUCAUGUGACCAGGAGUCGACGUGUGCAGAAGUGCUACUAGUCCAGUCCUUGUUCCCGUCUGGGUACCAGCUUCCUUCUGCAGUGCAGCCAGCGGUGUUGGAGGCCAGCGGAAAAAGGAGUCAAUUUGGCGGGAUUUUGCAGGUCUGUUGUUCUCUGAGCAGCCCGAGACCAGGGAAGGAGAAGGAAGGAACUGAGCCGACCGGUACUCGAAAUCAGCAAGAAAAAAGAAGACAGGAAAGGAAAGAAGAAAGACAGAGAAAAACAAGAUGAAACCCUGCCAAAAAAUGGAAGGAAACCCAGAAAGUGAGAGUGAACCAAAGCUUGAGGAAGAGCCAAAGCCCGAGGAAAAGCCAGAUGAGGAAGAGCCUGUGGAGCUGGAAAAAGCCGAGGAAAGUUUCAGAGAAAGAUUGAUUCAAUCUCUCCAGGAAUUUAAAGAAGACAUACACAACAGGCAUCUGAGCCGUGAGGAUAUGUUUAGAGAGGUGGAUGAAGUAGAUGAGAUAAGGAGAGUAAGAAACAAACUUGUAGUGAUGCGUUGGAAGGUUAACCGAAACCAUCCUUAUCCCUAUUUAAUGUAGUUUACCUGGAUUCUUAUCUGAGGUUAACAUUGCCAUACUGCGUUCUUUUUUGCUAGCAUUUUCCUGAUGUAUCUUUGCCCAUCUUCCCACUUUUAACUUGUUGCUCUUAGUGAUUUUCAGAUGCAUCUCUUGUUAUCUGCAUUUCAUUGUUUCUCAUAUUUUGAAACAUUUUGUACAUCUCUUUUAAUAUGUGAGCUUUACUCAUUUGUAAAAAAAAAAAAAAGUUCCUGAUAAAAAACAAGAUGGAGAAGGUUGCUAAGUCAUAUACGAAGAUCAUAUUUUUGAAGAGUAUACUUGUAAAUCACAUAUAUGCACACAAAAACUUGCAAAUGAAAGCAUAAAGUACAAUGUCUUAAUGGUGAGAUUCAGAUUUUUUUCUUCUGCUUGUUUGUAUUUUUCAUUUUCCUAAAAUGAAUCUGCAUUUUCAUUGCUAAAAAUAAUAAUAAAGGCCUUACAA